AGGUUCUUGGACUUGCUGUCUGGUUUCAGUUGUAUUUCAUUAAACCAUAUUCCUGCAUGUUUUCGCGUAUUUUUUAUGGAAAAAAGAGAAAUCAGAAAUUGUCAGGUUUUGUUUUCAAAAGUGUAAUGUGGCACAUCUUUUGCUUUUUCAUGGCAGUUCUCCUGAGAGAUUUAAUCAGGUGCAGAAUCUCCGUGGAAUUUAGAGGGGAUGGGUGGAUCCAUUUCAAAACGGCGUAGUGGGAGGCAACGUUCUUAUUCAAGGACUAGUUCACAUUCUUGGAGUUACCCUCCGCCUCAAUCACCCUACGUGCAACAAAGCCAAGAUCAUUUGCCUCGUGAAUACUACGGGGCUCCAUCUCAAACCUACGGUGGUGGUCGUGCACCUGAAUCACGAAAGAGAUUGGAGAGGAAGUAUUCAAAGAUAGGUGACAACUACGUUAGCUUGGACCAGGUAACCGAGGCUCUAGCAGCUGCUGGUUUAGAGUCUUCCAAUCUAAUUGUUGGAAUUGACUUCACAAAGAGCAAUGAGUGGACAGGUGCAAGAUCAUUCCAAAGGAGAAGCCUGCAUCAUAUUGGUCAUGACCAAAAUCCGUAUGAACAAGCAAUAUCAAUCAUUGGAAAAACAAUGUCUUCCUUUGAUGAGGAUAACUUAAUUCCCUGUUUUGGAUUUGGCGAUGCAUCAACCCAUGAUCAGGAAGUUUUUAGUUUUUAUCCGGAUGAGAGAUUUUGUCAAGGAUUUGAAGAAGUGUUGAGACGGUACCGGGAAUUGGUUCCUGAAUUAAAGCUUGCAGGGCCAACAUCAUUUGCCCCAGUAAUUGAAAUGGCAAUCACCAUAGUUGAGCAGAGUGGUGGCCAAUACCAUGUUUUAUUGAUAAUAGCAGACGGACAGGUGACAAGAAGUGUUGAUACUGAGAGAGGACAGCUAAGCACUCAGGAAAAACAAACUGUUGAAGCUAUUGUGAAAGCAAGUGAAUAUCCACUGUCAAUUAUAUUAGUUGGAGUUGGAGAUGGGCCAUGGGACAUGAUGAAAGAAUUUGACGACAACAUACCAGCCCGGGCCUUUGAUAAUUUCCAGUUUGUGAAUUUUACUGAAAUAAUGUCAAAGAACAUGGAUCGAUCCAGAAAAGAAACAGAAUUUGCACUUGCUGCGCUAAUGGAAAUACCCUCUCAGUACCAGGCAACAUUGGAACUUAAUAUACUGGGUGCUCGUAGAGGGAAAGCGAUAGAUAGGGUUCCUCUCCCCCCGCCUCUGUAUGGUGCUGCAUCUGUCAACGCCCCAAAAGCUUCCCGUUCAAGCAGUUUUCAUCCUAGUGCACCAUCUGACAGGCAUCAUGAUACGGGCGCAAAUCGUCCUGCAAGUUCUGCUUCUGAUAAUCAUGAUUGUCCAAUUUGCCUCUCUGAGCCUAAGAAUAUGGCCUUUGGUUGCGGACAUCAGACUUGCUGCGAGUGUGGACAAGACAUGGAGACAUGCCCCAUUUGCAGGAGUACCAUUGAUACUCGAAUAAGACUUUAUUAGACGAUACCUCAUCUGGAAACCUGUCCAUUGUUUUUCAAGUUUAUAUAUUUUGCAAGUUGUCUGUCGAUGAAAAUGAAGAAUGAAGCAGAGGUUUGCUCGCCAGAUUCACAGUGUACAUAUACUGGAUAUUUAUUCGUCCAAGUUUAAGUACAUAUACUGGAUAUCUAUUCGUCCAAGUUUAAGUUUUACUCUUGCUCAAAAUAAAAAAACUCAAGUUCUACUCA